AUGGACGCUGCUCUGGAUGCUCUCUUGGCUGGGCAAUCUAUGAAGGAGGCUACUCAAAGGGUAGCCGAGGUUAUUUCUUCCAGGUCGGUUACUCGACCUCCUCCUCCCCCAGCAUCUUCUCAGGCUCCUAGACCGAGUUCCCGACGUAGCAAGUCGUCUCGGCCCCCUAACCGCAGCAGAUCGAGCUCGACUUGCCAAUCUUCUGAAGCCCCCCGGCCUCAACGCUCUUCUACUGAGAGGAUGGAAGAGGCUCCAGGGGUUAUUUCUGAAAUGGCUGAGGAAGCCAGGCUGGCGAGGGCGGAUCCCAUUCUUCCUCCUGUGGAUGUUUCUACUGUGGGACUUGAGGUCUCCAUUACUGAAGAGGAGGCUUCAGGACAAAGAAAAGAGGUUAUUCUUAUAGACGAAGAUGUUCAGGAGGCUCCUGCCGGAGAUGCCCCUGUUCCUGAUGAGGUUGGAUCCGGCCUUGCUAGUGAUGGAGGUGUUAUAGAUAGGGCUGGGGACAAGCGCCCUGCCUCCCCCGAAAUGUUUGCCCUAGCUCCUGCUCGGAAGAAAUCUAGGGCUUCCAAGGGGUCGGCUCCAGCUCUCCCUCCUCUUGAGAAGAAAAAGGAUGUUUCCACGGUGCCCCUGAUGUUUGCUUCCGACAACGACAUUUUGAACGUGGAGGACAUCACUCAUCAGUCUCCUACGAGCGUAGUUGCUGAAAUCAUCAAGGAGCGAAUGUUUGGUGGCGUCGCAGAGGCUUCAGACCCACGCCUGCUUCCUCUCACUGGUCUUCUAGCUAGUUCUACCAGGGAGCAGGCAGCGUUCCGGUCUCGACCUCGGGGGGAGCUGGGAGAUACGAUCAGGGAGAUGCUCCUGAUGUCUGUGGAUCGCCGGGUUGAGGAGGCCCGUUUAGAGGAAAAUCUGUCUGCCACCAGCGACGCCCAGAGUAAUCUGGCCGCAGCCCAUGAGCACGCCAAGUCCCUUGAGGCGGAGUUAUCUCAUGCCAGAAGGGUUCUUAAAGAGUCCGACGAGAGGGCAGCUGCAGCAGAGGUCCAUUGUGAGGAAGUUUUGAAGCAGCUGUCCUCUGCAGUGGAUGCUCUACGUGAGAGGGACGAGGCUGUGAGCCAGAAGGAGGAGGUCCAGCGCCAGUACGAGCAGCUGAAGGUAAAAUUUGAUGCCGUUCUGGCUCAAAAGAGUGAAGCCGUAGCUCGGGUUGUGGUCCUGAAGCAGGAGCUAAGCAAACAAGCUGAUAGUGUUAAGGGCUUGACUUUGGUGGCAGAGGAGUCCAAACUUCAGAAUCAGCAACUCUGCCAACAAGUCGAAUCCUUGGAGACGAGGUGCUCAGCUCUGCUUGAAGAAGUUAAAUUGGCUGAGGACAGGGUCCAGCUGGAGGUCGAGAAGUGUUUAAGGGAGUAUAAGGAGUCCCCUGAGCUGAAGAAGGAGAUCCAGCAGGCCUGUGAAGCUCACCUCCAGGACUAUACAAGUUCUUCUGAAUUUAAAGCCAAGAUAGCUGAGGCCUGUGAGAGGCGACUUGCGGAAUUUCAAGGCUCUAAGGAAAUGAAGACUGCCAUAUGGAAUAAGGGCUUCCGCAUGUUCGUCUCUGGGUACAAUCGGGGCCUAAGGACAGCCAGAUAUGCUCCCUCUACCCCAUUGGCUGAACUCCGAGCUGCAGAGGAAGACUCUGAUGGCGAGGCGGUGCUUUAUGGGGAGGAUGACAGGCCUUUGCCCAAAGGGGGUCCUCGUACUGCAGCUGGGCCUUCUGAGGCAGGCGCCGAGCUGGGAGAUGGAGAUGCUGGACCUCGGGGGCUGGAGGUCGUGCCUUUUGUGGGCAUUGGGGGGUCCGAGCCAGAAGGUGCUGGGCCUUCCACAGAUAGUAAUGUAAAUAAUGUAAAUGUAGGUAGUACAGAAAGUAAUGUAGAUGUUAAUGCCCCUAGACAUGUAAGUCCUUUAAGGACUGUUUUUCCUUCAGUAGAGUAG